AUAAAUUUAUAAUAAUCAAAUUCAUAAAACAAAUUAAAGAAAGAGAGGAUCAGAUCAGAAGGAAUCUUUGAAGAAGGAAAAGAAAGAAAAAAAUGGAGAGAAAUAAUUGGCAUCCAUUGCUAAGAGGAGGGAGAAGAGAGACAAAGUACAGUCAUGGCCUCUCUUCAUCAGAAAUGGAAGCUCUGAGCAGUAUUUGUGAAGCCCUUUUGCCUCCUCUCCCACUCAUCAAUAAUUCUCACCAAGAAAUAACAAAAAGAUGUGAUCUUGAUGCUUCCCAAGAAUCCAUCCUUCACUUCUGUCAAGCCUCUGGCUCCCACUACCCCAUUCCUGAUGAGGUGGCAGAGAUAGGGGUGAAAAGGGGGUUCUUGGAGGCUGUGGUGCUGAUGAGAGGGUUGUUGAGGGUCCUUUCAACCAGGUUGGGGACACUUGUGGUGUGUGGGCUGCUCAGUUUUGACAGGAAGUGGCCUUUCAUUAACACCUUCUCCAACAUUCCUCUGGAGAAGAGGGAGAGAGUGAUUCAGAGAUGGUUCAGGGAUGGAUCCCUUCUCACUCCUGUCAGACUGGCCUUUGUCUUCAUCAAAUUCAUCUGUCUCUUUGUCUUCUUCACCCAGGUGGGUGAAGACUCAAAGAACCCAACUUGGGAAGCCAUGGGAUAUAAAGUGGAUGACAAUGAAGACCUGUCAAACAGACCAGAAGAAGAAGAAAGACCUCUCGAGAAAGGAAUAGUGGAAACCAGAAAUGAAAACCAAACUACUUUGCUCAAUUCUCUUCUCCAGAAAGGCCUAACAGCGACAGAAGACCAUAAAGAGAACCACAUAAACAUUGAAUGUGAUGUUGUGAUCGUGGGCUCCGGAUGCGGCGGAGCUGUGGCGGCGGCCGUUCUCGCAGGCUCCGGCCAGAAAGUGGUAGUUCUUGAUAAAGGGAACUACUUUACCAAGUCUGACUAUUCUUCUCUUGAAGGGCCGUCGAUGAACGAGUUAUACGAAAACGGAGGAAUCCUCUCCACCUUGGACGGAAAAGUUGUAGUCUUGGCGGGUUCAACCGUGGGCGGCGGCUCCGCCGUGAACUGGUCAGCCUGCAUUAAAACCCCAGAGUCCACAAUCCAAGAAUGGUCCAAGAAUCACAAAAUCUCACUCUUCUCAACCCAAGACUACACUUCUGCCAUGGAUAAAGUGUGCCAAAGAAUCGGCGUAACGGAGGGCUGUUCCGACGAGGGAUUCCAGAACAAGAUUCUCAGGAAAGGGUGCGAGAAUCUCGGGCUCCCGGUCGAGAGGGUCCCACGAAACUCCUCCGCAAACCACUACUGCGGUUCUUGCUGCUACGGUUGUAAAAGAGGGGACAAAAAGGGCACGGAUGUAACUUGGCUGGUUGACGCCGUGAAAUGUGGGGCCGUGAUCUUAACGGGGUGCAAAGCCCAGAGAUGUCUACUCCAAAGGAACACAACCCAGAAAACAGGGGACAAGAAGGAGAAGAAGUGUGUGGGGGUGAUUGCAACAUGUUUUGACAACAAGGAGAUAUGCAUCAAGGCAAAGGUCACAAUCUUAGCAUGUGGGUCUCUUAGAACACCUCCAUUAAUGCUCUCAAGCGGGCUAUCGAACCCUAACAUAGGGAGGAAUCUCCAUCUCCACCCGGUUUUAAUGGUGUGGGGGUAUUUCCCGGAGCCUAAUUCGGAGAUCAAGGGGAAAAACUACAAGGGAGGGAUAAUCACGUCAUUGCACAGAGUGAGGGAUGGUGGGUCCGAUACAAGAGCCAUCAUAGAAGCUCCAAUCCUAGGGCCAGGAUCGUUCGCUACACUUCAGCCAUGGGUGUCUGGUUUGGACAUGAAGGAAAGAUUGCUCAAGUAUUCAAGAACUGCACAUUUAUUUGCAAUGGUGAAAGACAAGGGAACCGGAGAAGUGAGAUCGGAGGGAAGAAUAAGCUACAAGUUUGACGCAUUGGACAAAGAGAACCUAACCUUUGGGGCACGCCAAGCUUUGAGGAUUCUAAUUGCAGCAGGGGCAACUGAGAUAGGAACACACCUAAGCAAUGGGCAGAAGAUGAAGUGCAAAGGGGCAAGCAAGAAGGAGGUGGAUGAGUUCUUGGACACUGUAAUGGCAGCCGAGGGGCCAAAGUCUAUGGUGAAGGACUUCACCACUUACUCCUCGGCGCAUCAGAUGGGGAGCUGCAGAAUGGGGCCCACUCCUAAAGAAGGGGCAGUGGACGAAAACGGAGAGAGCUGGGAAGCGGAGGGGCUGUUUGUUUGUGACGCAAGUGUCCUUCCGGGCGCGGUUGGGGUGAACCCUAUGAUCACCAUUCAGGCAACCGCAUUUUGCCUCUCCAAACGGAUCACAGAUAUGAUAAAACAAGGCAGUUUUUUGUAGAGGCUUAUAUAUAAAUACAUAUCAGAGUUUUUU